AUGCUUCCAAAAAAUCUCAGUCAUUGGCUCUGCGCCUUUGGUUCAUCAGUUGUGCUGUACAAGUAUCAUUCAUAUGUGGGAACCGUAGUCUAUUGCGAGGGAAUAAGCAUGGAGCCAACCGUCAAUCACGGGGACUAUCUUGUAGUUGAACGUAUUUCUGUCCUCCGUGGUCGUAUAAAAAAGGGCGACGUUGUUGUCGCUGGUCAGCCACGCAAAUCGCACAAUUGUUCACAUGUGCUGAAGCGCAUCAAGGCUUUGGGAGAGGAGCAAGUUACUUUCUGGGACGAAGGCCACUGGCGAAUGGUAACUAGAGAGAUUCCAGCUGAUCACAUCUGGCUUGAGGGCGAUAACAGCGUGCAUUCUCUGGACUCACGCACAUACGGUCCAGUUCCACUAUCUCACCUGGAAUAUCGUGUACUCUUUCGUCUGUGGCCCCUCCACCAGUUCGGGCGUUUAGAGCCACCUAAAGCCAUUGAGGCGAGUCAUCCUUCGUUAUCACGGAGACCAGCGGAUUCCUGUGCGGACGUUGUUUGUUUGGAUGCUCCCACCGAAUAACUUCAUCCCUGUAUGGGUCAUAUUCAUGCUGUUGUUUCCCACACCAAGGGAGUGUAAUUUUUUGUACAGCAGAUUAUCUAUGUACUCAGGGCUUUCAUCCCCAAAUAGGGUAUUCAAAGUGGCCCUUCGAUGAAGAAUACUUUUGCUGUAGUUGAAUCUCAUCGGCAAUCCUUGCCGAAUCUGGUCUUUCUGCAGUCAUCGAAGAGGAAUGUAGUAAAUAUUUUCGUUGUACAUUGCUUCGUUUAAUCUGUUAGUUUAAUACAACCUAUAGUUGAACAUCUUUGGAUUACGAAGAGUCCAGGUACUCAUUCACCUGAAAAAAAU